AUGCAGUCGCUGUACCGGCACCUGCUCAGCCUGCUGUUAGUCAGCAGCCUGCAGCUUCACCAGCUCACCGAAGGCUGCUCGUGCGCCCUCACGCACCCUCAAGACGCCUACUGCAACUCUGACAUAGUUAUUCGCGCCAAAGUUGUGGGCAAGAAGCUCCUGAGAGAUGGACCCUUUGGAACGAUGCGCUACGCCGUCAAGCAAAUGAAGAUGUACAAAGGCUUCGAAAAAGUGCAGCACGUGCAGCAUAUUUACACGGACGCCUCGGAAAGCUUGUGCGGAGUCAAGUUCGACAUCAACAAGUAUCAGUACCUGAUUACAGGGCGGGUGUAUGACGGCAAGGUGUACACGGGACUGUGCAACUUCAACGAGCGGUGGGAGCGCCUCUCAUUGGCUCAGAAGAAAGGCAUCAACCACCGCUACCAGUUGGGCUGCAACUGCAGGAUUAAACCCUGCCACUACCUGCCAUGCUUCGUGACCUCCAAGACCGAGUGCCUAUGGACGGACAUGUUGUCCCACUUCGGCUACCCGGGCUACCAGUCGCGACACUACGCCUGCAUCCAGCAAAAGGAGGGCUACUGCAGCUGGUACCGCGGCAUGAACGCCCGCGAAAAAACGGUCGUCAACACAACUGACCCCUGA